AUAGAGGGGGGAAGGCAGGGACCUGCCUGGCCUGCAGAUACAGUAUCAUCAUCCUUCUGCUGCUGCUGCACAAAGGAUCUGCAGGCCCAGGGACACAAAGCAGGAUGGGUGAGCGCAGGAAACAGAAUGCAGCCAGAGGAGAGUACAAGAAACUUGUAAACGGAGCAAAGGAGGAUGAUGGGCAGUGGGGCCGCGCCUGGGAAGUGGACUGGUUCUCUCUAGGCGGUGUCAUCUUCCUGCUCAUGUUUGCGCCGCUCAUUGUGUAUUACUUUGUGAUGUCAUGUGACCAAUACCAGUGCGCUCUCACUGGUCCCAUCCUAGACAUAUAUUCGGGAAGAGCUCAGUUGUCCGAUAUAAGGAACAAGACUCCGCUGCUGACCUGGAGAGCUGGGAACAUCUACCUGGCCUGGGUCUCCUUCCAGAUCUUCCUCUACAUGUUCGUCCCAGAUAUCUGCCAUAAAUUUCUGCCUGGCUAUGUUGGAGGUGUGCAGGAAGGGGCUCGGACACCAGCUGGCACCAUCAACAAGUAUGAGAUCAAUGGACUGCAGGCCUGGAUCAUCACCCACAUUCUCUGGUUUGCCAAUGCCUAUUUUUUCCACUGGUUCUCUCCCACCAUCAUCGUGGACAACUGGAUCCCACUGCUGUGGUGUACUAAUAUACUGGGCUAUGCCGUCUCCACAUUUGCACUGAUCAAAGCCUACCUAUUCCCAACUAACGCCAAAGACUGCAAAUUCACGGGCAAUAUAUUCUACGACUACAUGAUGGGGAUUGAAUUCAACCCUCGCAUUGGAAAGUGGUUCGAUUUCAAGCUUUUCUUUAAUGGACGUCCCGGCAUUAUUGCUUGGACUCUUAUUAACCUGUCCUACGCAGCCAAGCAGAAAGAGCUAUACGGCCAGGUCACCAACUCUAUGGUUCUUGUCAACGUCCUCCAGGCUAUUUAUGUAGUGGACUUCUUUUGGAAUGAAGCUUGGUACUUGAAAACCAUAGACAUCUGUCACGACCACUUUGGCUGGUACCUUGGAUGGGGGGACUGCGUCUGGCUGCCCUAUCUCUACACAUUACAGGGUCUCUAUUUGGUAUAUAACCCAGUGCACCUCUCUACUGCAGCCGCAGUAGGAAUCCUUAUACUAGGUCUGAUCGGAUACUAUAUCUUCAGGAUGACCAACCAUCAAAAAGAUCUGUUUAGACGCACCAGUGGUAACUGUGAGAUAUGGGGCAAGAAGCCCAAAUAUAUCGAAUGUUCUUACACGUCGGUGGAUGGAAAGAGGCACAGCAGCAAACUAAUGACUUCUGGGUUCUGGGGGGUUGCCCGGCACCUAAACUACACUGGAGAUUUGAUGGGAUCUCUGUCUUAUUGCCUGGCGUGUGGAUUUCAGCACCUGCUGCCUUACUUCUAUAUUAUUUACAUGACCAUCUUGCUGGUUCACCGCUGCAUACGUGACGAACAUAGAUGCUCUAGCAAGUACGGGAAAGACUGGAAGUUUUACAUGGAUGCAGUCCCCUACAGAUUACUGCCAGGCGUGUUUUAGGAGCCACAAGGCGUCUCGGGGUUGUUUGUCGGAACUGUGACCAAUAAAGUUUCAUUUUUAGGAAACAAGUGAUUUUUUUAUCCUCACUUGGAGAAUUGUAUUAUAAAUAAGGCACAGUACUAUGGAGACAAGUUGUAGAACACGUUGCUUUACCGGAUCUACAAUUUCAGCAAUUCCCGGGUCAGUCUCUGAACUUUGCAAAGUAAGAAAGCCACCUCUGGGAGUAAGGGCUUUACGGCGACCUAUGGCUUUCCUGGAAACAGCCUCUGCCAUACUGAUGUCUUUUAUAUUAUUAUUACUGUCCGUCCCAUGAGAUCGGACCUUUUGAGGUCAUUUGUUGUGUCACAUAAGCCUCCUGUACGGUUAACUUUCUCCACAUCUGAUCUGGGAUUUCUCCUGAAUAAAAAUGUCCAAAGUUUA